CCAGCUCGAAGAUUAUUCGAUGCCGCAUCCAUUGACGCCACCGAGAAUUUACAUCACAUCCGUGGAGGAAGGCACCGUGGAAGAUUCGCACGCAGCACCACCAGCCAAGAACGGUGAAUCGAGCGUGCCAGCAGUACGGAAGAACAGUGGUCCACCAUCGGUACCGAUUCCGUCGAUUGACUUGACCAUGGCUUUAAGCAAACAGCAGUUCAGACACGCGGCAAACAACGAUGGUGCACUCCCGCUGACCAGCGUCACUGAUAGCGAAUGGCAUCCGGUGAGGGUGCCAGUCGUAGAAGAUAGCGGUGGAAAUGGGACGUCUCAGCUGUACACGCGCCCUGUCAGCCCGAACGAUCAUUCCACGAACAAGACGGCGGCGACGAUGGCAAUGAUAGCUCGCAAGUUCCCAUCGUUGGAGCGUAACUGGCCCGUCACGUCACAACCGCUCGCCUUGCUGCUCAUAUUUGCGUUCCUAUGGGCCGUAGCGUACGCCAUUCUACCGCCAGAACUGUCCCAUCCCACUGGCGGCCUGAUGCGACUCGUGUUCCUGUUCGUGGGUGCGCAAGCCUGCGGCAUUCUGGUCUCGCUGACUGGACUGCCGGACAUGCUCGGGAUGCUGUUUUGGGGCGUCCUGUACGCGAAUGUCGGUUGGGCCGACUUUACCGGGUACGACCGGGUCGAGGUGUUUCUGCGCGAGAUGGCACUCGUCAACAUUAUGCUGCUGGCCGGACUGGGACUGGACUAUGCCGCACUACGCAGCCUGUUUCGCUUCAUCAUGCAGCUUACCCUGGUGCCGACGGUGGCGGAGGUUGCUGCCGUUGCGGUGCUUUCGCACUACCUUCUCGAUCUGCCGUGGCUUUGGGGUGUUUUGCUCGGCCUGGUCGAAACUGCCAUCUCGCCGAACGUCGUUGUUACCGUGCUGCUCCGGCUGAAGGAAGAACGGCUCGGGCUGAAUAAAGGAAUUCACACAUUAAUCAUCGCCAUGACAAGCUGUAAUGAUGUUCUGGCAAUUUUCCUGUUCGGCGUCAUUCUCGGGGUGAUAUUUUCCACCGGCGAUCUCACCAGCCAGAUUCUGCAGGGACCGAUCGGUAUCGUAAUUGGGCUUGUCUACGGGAGUCUGUGUGGUGUGGCGCUGCUGUACGUGCCCUCUUAUCAUGCGAAGUACACCAACGGAUUGCGGUUUACGAUGGCAGCACUUGCCGGUACGCUGUCGGUGGUCGGUAGCAAAAAGGUUGGCUACCCUUCGGCCGGUGCGCUCGGCUGUAUCGUGACGGCGUUCGUGGCGGGCACGGGAUGGCGCAAACGGCCCCCGACCGAGUGUAACGAGGUGAGCAUGUACCUCGAUCUUUUGUGGAAGUUUUUGAAGCCGGUAUCGUUUUCGCUGAUCGGGAAGGAGGUUAACUUUUCGGUGCUGGCCGGAGAAACUGUCCUGUACGGAGUUAUAACGCUGUUGGUGGCUGUGUUGUUACGGCUGGGUUUCUCCUACCUUUCUACGAUGGGCAGUGAGCUGAACUGGAAGGAGAAGGCGUACGUUACUUUAUCCGGCUUUCCCAAAGCAACCGUGCAAGCGGCAUUGGGACCGGCUGCACUGGAUCUUGCACGCAGUCUGAAUGCCACCGAUGAGUACGCGAGGGCACAGACUGUGCUGAUCGUAACGGUAUUGGCAAUCAUUCUGACUGCGCCACUCGGGGCAUUGUUGAUGAUCAAAUUGGCUCCACGUUGGUUGAAGCGAUCGACAGAUGAGCGGACGGAUCAGUACAGCUAA